UGAAAUAACGAACUGGACCAACAGGAUUGAAUCGAAACCGAAAGCAUAUCAGACAAAAGAUGGCAAUAGAAUCAAAACAUCCUGUAGAAAAACAUUUUCAUAAAAUAACUAAGUAUCAUUUAUACUUUUUUACUCUUCUUUUUCUGACGAAGGUGCCAGUCUUCUGGCAUGUACUCAGUUUACUAUUCACAACUCCACCUAUGACCUACACCUGCGAGGGUAUAAAUGGAACCAACCCAUGCCCCUGUGCGAAACCAAUAUGGAAUCAUUCUGUUUUCACUCAAACCGUGCAAACUAAAUAUAAUAUCUACUGUGAUAAAAAAUGGAUGGUCAGCUUCACACAAAGUAUGCUGUAUGUCGGGACCCUGAUAGGAGCAUUCUCCUUCGGAUUCAUGUCGGACAAUUACGGGCGCCUCUCUUCGUUCUUACUGAGUUGUCUUACUGUCGGUGUCGCUGGAUGUCUGGUUGCCUUCAUGCCCUCGGCUAUUCCCUUUAUCAUCUUACGAUGCAUUGAAGGUGUAGGCGUUGGAGGAGCCAUUGUCACUAGCUAUGUCCUCUUGGUGGAAUACUGUGGGGUCAGUUACAGAGAAGCGGUGACUGCUCUAUUCCACAUCCCUCUUAACGUCAGCCACAUGAGCCUGGCAGGCGUAUCGUACCUUGUAAGAAAUAGCGAUGACUUCCAAUUGGUCAUAUCAGUGCCAGUGUUCGCUACGUUAUUCUUAUAUUGUUUAGCCGAUGAAUCCCCAAAGUGGUUACUUGAUAAUAAUAGGCUGAAUGAAGCAACGGUAAUCAUGGAAAAGAUUGCGAAAUACAAUAACACUCCCGCGGGGAAUAUCAAAAGUGACUUGCAAACAUACGCAGCUCAACAAACUGCACUGAAAUUACAAAAAGUAAGUUUCUGGCAUAUUUUCCGCUACCGACGACUGACCAUUAACCUGUGCUGUAUGGCCUUCAUAUACUUUACAUGUGGAAUGGGAUACUAUGGAGUAUCGCAGUACAUAGGCCAGAUGAGUGGGGACAUUCAUUCAAAUGUGGCUAUGUCAGGAGGACUUCUUAUACCAGGCACAUGCAUUGCUGCAUAUUCGCUACAGAAAUUUGGACGAAGAUCUUUCCUAAUGACGACUUCUUUCUUAUCAGGGACACUUAUGAUAGCGGUCAUUCUUAUUCCGGAAAACGCACAUUUAGCGAGAGUACUGGUGGCAUGUAUUGGAUGUAGUGUUUUCUUUAUGUCCUUCAUAAUUGUGUUUUUAUACGGAGUCGAAUUGUUCCCGACCACUAUUAGAAACUCCGUGUUAGGUUUUCUAUCAGUGAUGUCAAGGGUUGGCCAGAUAGCUGCGCCGCCCAUCAAUUCAUUACCUCAAACGAUUUCGGGAGCUACAUUUGGAACUAUGGCUAUUGUUGGAGGAUUCUUGUGUUUGUUUUUACCUGAGACAAAGAAUACAGAAUUGCCCUCAACUUUGGAAGAAACGAGGAAUAUAGCUAAGCGAUGAGAACAUAAUAAUGAAAUACAGGUAGGUUCUGGUUGUUUUGUGUAGUCGGCCUAGAUUUUUGGACGAAAAUGAAGAUCAAUUUAAUAUAGAGACAGUAGCUAUUGUUGUACGAAGUUGUAAGGGUUCUAACGAAGCUACAUCUUAUCUAAUUAUUGGCUGGUUCAGUAGCCAACCAAUAGUUGCUUUCUCUGUACUAAAUAAAUCUUUAUUUUCUUUCGUUUAUACCAAUUUACUUGGCUGACGGUACCU